GCUCGAGUAUGUCUCUGACGAGGUUGCGUUGCGUGAUGUAAUUUUACUCUGACGCAGUAACGUCUCAAAAGUCGCGGUGGGAACUUCCGAGCUAGAGGUUUUUUAUCCUCUUCGCCAUCUUUGGUCGUGCUCUCGGUUAUUGCGUUCGUGCUUUAAUUAUUAAAACCCAUAAAACCGUCAGCGCGCCGAAGGAUUUACACAACAACAGAUCAAUCUCCGAUGGCGCGUGAGUAGGGGGAAAUGCAAAAGUGCAGUUGCACACAAAUACGGAAAAGAAGGAGGGAGAGAAAGAGAUAGGACGAAGAGAGAGAGAGAGAGAUGGAACGGGGAUGUAUAUAUAUACGCGUCGCUCAAACAUGGCGGUAAUCCUAUCAGCUGAUAGCGUCCGUCAGUGGGAUGACGGACCGCAUUUUGGUUAAUCGGGUUAGAUCGUAGUACAGCGGGUUCCCCCUCUCUUCCAAUUACAGAUCGUCGUCGAUGACCACCACGAGUCAUCGUGUGCAUUGCGUGUGCCAGCUUGCGUUACGUACUUACAAGUGUUGAUCCGCGGAUGACGCACAAGCGACGAUGCUGAUGCACCUCCUCUCGCGCACGCAUCAUCGCACGGGAAAAACGAGAUCGAGCAGCAGCGUCACACGUAAUCAGCACUGACAGGUGGACACUGGGAGAGAAGUCGCCGCGGGAAAUGUCGCAAGGUAGAUAGGAUUUUCUCGUCGCAACGCGUUUAUUUCGAAAUAAUCGAGGAUUGACAAGCAAACCGCAACGACGGUGGGAGUCGUCAACGGGAGAAGCGAACGAACCGCGGAUCCAGCCUUGCGAGCGGAUCAAUCUGUGAUGAGCGACUCCGAACAGCAGCAAUUGCACGUGCCUUAUCGAGAGUACCACAGUCAUCAGAACAACACCAGCCCCGCUGCCGCCACCGCACUGGUAGUGGAGACAGAUGCGCUGGUGGAUCUGUCUAUUGCGCCCGUAAGCAGCAGUAACAGUAGUGGUAGCAACAACAACAACAACAACAACAACAACAAUAACAACAACAACAACCAGCAGCAGCAGCAGCAGCAACAACUGCCGCCUUCGGCGGAUCUUCUGCCCGACGUUGAGUUUAUUCCAGGUCUGAGCAACGACCAAACUCUAGCCAUUGAUUCCUCUGGGAUUGACCGGGAGAGCCAGCCUCUCCUCGGUCGCUUGGAACUCGACGUCACGUUUAACAGAUUUCCAGAUGAUCCGCAGUUCUCAGAAUUAGUGUGGCAAGCCGAGUGCGCAAUAGACAAUGGAGUUUAUCCGGAAAGAAUAUACCAGGGAUCUAGUGGAAGUUACUUCGUUAAAAAUCCCGCAGGGAAAAUCAUAGGUGUGUUCAAGCCGAAAGAUGAAGAGCCUUACGGCAGACUGAAUCCGAAGUGGACGAAAUGGAUGCACAAGCUCUGCUGUCCCUGCUGCUUUGGCAGGAGCUGCCUGAUCCCAAAUCAGGGAUACCUGAGCGAGGCGGGCGCGAGUCUCGUCGAUCGCAAACUAGGCCUGGGUAUAGUCCCAAAUACCCGAGUGGUGAAGCUCGUCAGCGAAGUGUUCAAUUAUCCGCGUCUGGAUCGACAGAAGGCACGCAUGAAGCAGGCGAUCAUGGACCAGUUCCCUACGGUGGGCUCGCACUUCAAUCGUAUCGGACUGCCGCCGAAAGUCGGCUCCUUCCAGGUGUUCGUCGACGGCUACAAGGACGCCGAUUACUGGCUGAGACGGUGGGAGAAUGAGUCCAUGCCGGCGCGACUGAGCCGGGAUUUUCAGCUUCAGUUCGAACGCUUGGUUAUUCUGGACUACAUCAUUAGAAAUACAGACAGAGGUAACGACAACUGGCUUAUCAAAUACGACACCAGCGUCAACAAGAACGGAACGGAGCAGGGCGAGGUGAAGAUCGCGGCAAUAGACAACGGUCUAGCCUUCCCGUUCAAACAUCCGGACUCUUGGCGGGCGUACCCGUACCAUUGGGCGUGGUUGACUCAGGCGAAGCAGCCGUUCAGCGAAGCCACGCGGGAACUGGUUCUGCCGCAGUUGUCGGAUCAGAACUUCGUGCAAGAUCUCUGUGACGACUUGUAUCAAUUAUUCAAACAAGAUAAGGGCUUCGACCGGCAUCACUUUGAUAGGCAAAUGAGCGUAAUGCGCGGCCAGAUUUUAAACCUGCAACAGGCUCUGAAAGACGCUAAGAGCCCGGUGCAAUUGGUACAAAUGCCAGCUGUAAUUGUGGAAAAAUACGUGCAACCUCCGCGUCCGAAGUCCUUCGCGCCAGAACGACUGUACAGAAUCCCGUCGAAGAAACUCGAUAGCAACACCACGUAUUACAUGUCGUAUACGAGUACGGAUCCUGCGACGGCGCGUCACGUGCGAUCGCAGCCGAUUCGACCCGUUCACGCAAUCGAGAAAAGCAGCGGCAAAUUUUUCGACGACACAACGACCAAGUUGUCGUACAGACCCGUAUGGGAGGUGGUGAAGCCGGAACCGAUUGUACCGAAGCACAGAUCGAUGACAGGAAAAGGUCCGAUGGAAAACGUAACGACUGUGCGCCACGAUUACGUGGCGAGACACGUCGAGAGAUCGGGGUUGAUCGUGCCCCGCGGAAACAUUCGCACCAGCUCGGCCCCGUUGGAGGACAGAACAAUGGCAAGAAUGUCCUACGUGGCUCCGGGACCUGUCAAACCCGUCAUCAGUUUCAAACCUGUGCUCAAGUAUCGCCCGCCGAGCCAGCCUCUUCCCAAAGAGACCACGCAGAAGUUGAGCUACCAGCCCUUCGUCGUUGGCAAGAAAGAAUUUUAUUCUUGGACGCAAAAACCGGUGUACAAACCACCGAAGACCGCGAUGUGCGACAAGACCGUUUACUCCGAGAGCUACCUGGAAAACUGCGCGGUUUCCGUGGAGAAGCCUUGCGUUCCGAAGGCGACCCAGGUGUUUCCUUACGGCGCGGAAUUUGCGGACAAAACAAUCUACAAAGAAAGUUAUCUUCCGGGCGAAGCGGAGCGCGCGAUACCGUUCGUUCCCUCGAGCAGUAUAUCCAUACCCGACAUGAAGAUGUCAGCUGACACCACCACCAAGCUGAGCUACCAACAAGUUUGGACGGAGAAGAGAAAACCGAUCGUGCCAGUGCGCGUUAGACAUCUAUUAGGAACCGGUAAAAUGCAGUCGGAAACGACGACUCGUUGUGAAUACGCGGCGAAGGUUACAACACCUCCGGUUGUCAUCGUUCCGUGCGAUAAUAUCCGCACGGCGGACGUGCCGUUGGAGGGUGCCACGACCACCGGACUGUCCUAUAUGAAACCCGACGCGAUAAAACCUGUUCGCAGUUACAAACCCGUUACGCAAUACUGCAGGCCGGAAGCCAAGAUCGAUUCCGAAACCGUAAAUAAAUUGUCGUAUCAGACGUGGACGGUCAGACCUAGGGAGGAGCUCCCGUGGACUCGAAAGAGCAAAUAUCGGCCCCCAGAACAGCCGAUGGCCGAAAACACGAUUUAUCACUUGAGUUAUCCCGCGCCGGGUCAUUACGUGAAGGAAGAAUCGGACUGUCCUUGUCCGAACGAGAAGGAACGGGAUGAUGAUGUUUCGCCGGAAACGGUGUUCGAAACGUGUUCGAAUUGAGAGAUUGUUGCUUUUUGACAGCUCGCAAAAAUUCUUCCAACAAAUGGAAGAAACUCUUGUUGCGCCGAAUAAAAAUUUUAUCGGUUCAAAAAGUUCGUUGCGUUAACUUUCUUUAACUCUCUCUCUCUCGAAUACAAGAUACAAAAAAAAAAAAAAAUGUAGAAUGAAAAC